AGGGAGAGGAGAAAGAGGAGGGGGAUAUAUAAGAAUGGUAGGUGGGAGUGGGGUCUGACCGCAAAGUGUCUACUGUUUAAGAGAAAGGGACUUCUCCCUCCCUCUCUCUCUUUCACUGGCUCCCUCUCUCCGGCUGCAGCGCCAGCAGGCUCCCUGCCUCCGUGGAUCACUACUGCUGAGAGGGGAAAAAAAGAGAGAGAGAGAGAGAAAUGGCACAACUUGCAUCUCUCUAGGGAAAACAAGACAGCACACAGAAAAAAGUCACAAAAAGAAGCUUAGCAGAGAUUUUAAGUUUUUUUUUUUUUUUUUUUUUUUUUUUUUAAAGAGUGCCACAUAGUAGAUAAAGAAGAGCACAUUAUUUCAGACACUAAGUUCUAAAGCUCCAUCUAAAACUGAAAAGUACCUUCUUCUACACUACUCUUGGCUUAAUCAAACGUCAGAGUGAGUGUGUCAUCAUGGGGAUGCGAGGCCUGCUUCUGGCCUAUGUCACUAUGGCCAUUCUGUUGGAUCUCUCCAUGGCUGGCCUGCUGAGGAAAAUGAUCAGGCACAGACGAGAGUCACUAAUGCCACCCAAAUCCGAGAACAUGACCCUCCCUAAUCCAGACCAACCAGUGGUCUUCAACCAUGUAUACAACAUCAAUGUCCCAACUGGAUCCUUGUGCUCUGUUGACCUGGAUUCACCUGGAGGAUCAGAAAUGAAGCCCAAGUCUGUCCCCUCUGAGCAGCACAUUGAGCACACUGUGGAUGGUGAAAACCAGAUAGUCUUUACGCACAGAAUUAACAUACCCAAGCAGGCUUGUGGAUGUGAUAGCCACAUGCCAGACCUUAAAGAUCUCCUAAAUAGGCUGGAGAUGCUAGAGGCUGAAGUGUCUAGUCUGAGGGAGCAGUGUACCAGUGGGAAUGGCUGCUGUGGAGCUCAAGUUACUGGUGAGAUCACUACCAAGCCAUAUUGCAAUGGCCAUGGCAACUACAGUAUUGAAACCUGUAACUGUGUGUGUGAGCCUGGCUGGAAAGGGCCCAACUGCUCAGAGACAGAAUGCCCUAGUUCCUGCCAAGAUCAAGGCCGCUGUGUGGAUGGGAAGUGCGUCUGUUUUGAGGGCUUUGGGGGAGAGGACUGUGGAAUUGAGCUGUGUCCUGUGGAUUGUGGUGAAUAUGGCCAGUGCAUUGAUGGGUCUUGCAUGUGUGCAGAAGGUUACAUGGGCGAGGACUGCUCCAUGACCAAUUGCCUCAACAAUUGCCUGGGUAGGGGACGCUGUGUGGAAGGCGAGUGCUUGUGCAAUGAGCCAUGGACUGGCUUUGACUGCUCAGAGCUUAUAUGUCCCAAUGACUGCUUUGACCGUGGCCGUUGCAUCAACGGGACCUGCUACUGUGAUGAGGGCUUCAUUGGGGAGGAUUGUGGUGAGCUCACCUGCCCAGAUAACUGUAACAAUAGAGGCCUCUGUGUAAAUGGUCAGUGUAUCUGCAAUUUCGGCUAUAGCGGAGAAGACUGCUCCAAGCUUACAUGUCCAAAUGACUGCAGUGAGAGAGGCCACUGCUACAAUGGAAGAUGUAUCUGUGAUCCUGGCUUCCAAGGUGAGGACUGUAGCAGCCUCUCCUGCCCUGACAAUUGCAAUGACAGGGGUAAAUGUGUAAAUGGGGAAUGUAUAUGUGAACCUGGAUACCAAGGUAAUGAUUGUUCUGAGCUUUCCUGCCCCAAUGAUUGUCACAACCAUGGACGCUGCAUUGAUGGAAAGUGCAUUUGCCAACAAGGAUUUGCCGGAGAGGACUGUAGCAUCAAGACUUGCCCCAGUGACUGUCAUGAACAUGGUGAAUGUGUAGAUGGCAACUGUGUCUGCCAUGUUGGCUUCACAGGCAAAGACUGCAGUGAGUUGACAUGUCUUAACAAUUGUCACAACCAUGGACACUGUGUGAACGGUCAGUGUGUGUGCAGCGAAGGAUUUACUGGUGAGGACUGCAGUGAAAAAACGUGUCCCAACAACUGCCUAGAUCGUGGGUUUUGUGACAAUGGACAGUGUAUCUGCUAUGAGAGUUACACGGGUGUCGACUGCUCAGAGAUGACCUGCCCAGGAAACUGCAAUGACCAAGGCCACUGCUUGAAUGGCAUGUGUAUCUGUGAUUUGGGAUUCACUGGGGAAGACUGCUCUGAAAUCUCUCCACCAAGGGACCUGGUUGUGACUGAAGUCACCCCAGAGACAGUGGAUCUGACCUGGGUCAAUGAGGUACAGGUGACAGAGUACCUAAUCACCUACAUGCCAACUGCUCCUGGUGGUCUGGAGUUAGAUAUGCGAGUACCUGGUGAAAAAAGGUCUGCUACUAUUAGGGAGCUGGAGCCUGGUGUGGAAUACUUAAUCAGUGUCUAUGCUGUUCUAAAUAACAAGAUGAGCAUUCCUGUGAGUGCCAGAGUGGCAACACAUCUUCCGGAGCCAGAAGGCCUUAAGUUUAAAGCCGUGAGAGAGACAUCAGUGGAAGUUCAGUGGGAUCCUCUUAAUGUUCCCUUUGAUGGUUGGAACCUCAUCUUCAGAAAUACAAAAGAGGAAAAUGGGGAGAUUUUGAAUUCAUUGUCACCACCCGAGAAUACCUUUGAACAAUCUGGCCUGGGCCCUGGACAGGAAUACGAGGUUAAACUUGAGGUGUUAAAGAACAACACUCGCGGACCUCCAGCAAGCAAGAAUGUGGUUACAAUGAUCGAUGCUCCUAGCCAGGUGGAUGUUCGGGAUGUAACAGACAGUACUGCUCUGAUCACCUGGUUCCAGCCCAUAGCUCAGGUGGACGGUGUCUCUGUGUCCUAUGGGCCUAUCACUGGCUCCUCAGACAGCCACACAGUGGAACUGUCAUCUAUCGACACCCAGUACCACCUGGCUGAACUCUACCCAGACACAGAGUACAGUGUGUCUCUCAUGGCCCGCCGAGGGGAAAUGACUAGCGUGCCUGUCUAUGAGACCUUCACUACAGACCUAGAUGCACCUACGAACCUGCGGUCGAUAGAUCAGACAGAUGAAAGCAUCACACUGGAGUGGAGAAACAGCCAAGCCAACGUUCCCAGCUACCGUAUCAAAUAUGGACCACUGUCUGGAGGGGAACAUGGGGAGCUUACCUUUCCUACAGGCCCACAGGACAUCACUCAAGCCAAGAUUUCAGGUCUCAGGCCUGGGAUAGAGUACGGCAUGGGAGUGACUGCAGUCAAAGAUGAGAAGGAAAGUUCUCCUGCCACCACCAAUGCUGUUACCGACCUUGAUGCUCCUAAGGACCUGGAGGUGAGUGAGACCUCAGAAAGCACAAUGGUGCUGAUCUGGAGGCGACCUGUGGCUAAGAUCGAUGUCUACAAGCUCGUGUUCGUGGCCGCUGACGGCCACAGGGCCGAGUUUGAAGUUCCGGACAGUGUCAGCACCUACAUGCUGAGGAACCUGAACCCUGGCAUGCUGUACACCAUCACCCUGACUGCAGAGCGAGGGAGGAAAAAGAGCGUGCCAGUCAGCAUCCAGGCAUCAACAGACAACGAAAAGCCCCUGGUGGGCAACAUCACUAUCUCUGCUGUAUCCUGGGAUGGCUUCAAUAUAUCCUGGGAGCUGAAGAGGGGUGAGCUUGAUGGUUUUCUGAUCGAGUUGGCUGACAUCGAUGGUCUCUCCAAGGGCCAGAACUACACUCUGUCAGGACAGGAGUACAGCUUGGCUAUCACUGAUCUCUCUCCUAGCACUUUUUACAGGGUCACUCUGUACAGCCUGUAUAGGGGAGAUCUCUUAGAGCCAGUGUUUGGGGAGGCUUUUACAGAGGCAGAACCUGAGGUGGAGCAGCUUUUCACCUCCAACAACAAGCCAGACAGUUUUAUGCUGCAGUGGACGGCUCCUGAAGGAAUCUUUGAAAUGUUUAUUAUCAAAAUCUCUGAUGGAUCGGGCAAGCAAAGACAGAUGAGUGUAUCGGGAGACAAGAGAACAGAAGUGAUCUCUGGCCUCGAUGAGGCUACAGAGUAUGAAAUUGAGCUCAUUGGGACAAUUGCAGGACGGAACUUCAAGCCCAUUUCAGUGAAAGCUCUAACAGGUCUGGGCAAACCAAAGGGUAUUCACUUGUCUGAUGUGACCGAUACCUCUGCUGCCGUUCACUGGACUGUACCCCAUUAUCGAGUCGACAGCUACCGAAUUACCUAUGUGCCCCUUCAUGCAGGCAGUCCCAUAACAGUCACAGUGGACGGAGGUGAGUCCCAGACUGUUCUGCCCAACCUGACACCCGGGGUAACCUACCAAGUGAGCGUCAUAUCAGUGAAGGGUCUAGAGGAGAGUGAGCCAGCCUUUGAUACAUUUACAACAGGCCUGGGCAAACCAAAAGGUAUUCGCUUCUCUGAUAUCACCGAUACCUCUGCCGCUGUCCACUGGACUGUCCCCCAUUACCACAUUGACAGUUACCGAGUCGUCUACGCACCCAUUCAUGAUGCUUCUACACAACAACCCCAAAGCAUAAUACAUCCCUCCUCACCUCCAAUGAUUAACAAUUGGCAAGGCAGUCCCCUAACAGUCGCAGUGGGUGGAGGUGAGUCCCAGACUGUGCUGCCCAACUUGACACCUGGAGUGACAUACAGAGUGAGUGUCAUAUCAUUGAAGGGUCUGGAGGAGAGUGAGCCAGCCUCUGAUACCUUUACAACAGGUCUGAGCAAACCAAAGGGUAUUCGCUUCUCUGAUGUCACUGAUACCUCUGCCACCGUCCACUGGACUGUCCCCCAUUACCACAUUGACAGCUACAGAGUCACCUACACACCCAUUCAUGGAGGCAGUCCCCUAAUAGUCACAGUGGGCGGAGGUGAGUCCCAGACUGUGCUCCCCAACCUGACACCCGGGGUGACCUACCAAGUGAGUGUCAUAUCAGUGAAGGGUCUGGAUGAGAGUGAGCCAGCCUCUGAUACAUUUACAACAGGUCUGGGCAAACCAAUGGGUAUUCGCUUCUCUGAUGUUACUGAUACCUCUGCCACCGCCCAUUGGACUAUCCCUCAUUACCACGUCGAUAGUUACAGAGUCAACUAUGUGCCUAUUCAUGGAGGAAAACCUAUGACAGUCACAGUGGAUGGAGGUGAGUCCCAGACUGUGCUGCCAAACCUGACACCCGGGGUAACCUACCGAGUGAGUGUCAUAUCAGUGAAGGGUCUGGAGGAGAGUGAGCCAGCCUCUGAUACAUUUACAACAGGUUUGGGCAAACCAACUGGUAUUCGCUUCUCUGAUGUCACUGAUACCUCUGCCACCGCCCAUUGGACUAUCCCUCAUUAUCACGUCGAUAGUUACAGAGUCAACUAUGUGCCUAUUCAUGGAGGAAAACCUAUGACAGUCACAGUGGGCGGAGGUGAGUCCCAGACUGUGCUGCCAAACCUGACACCCGGGGUAACCUACCGAGUGAGUGUCAUAUCAGUGAAGGGUCUGGAGGAGAGUGAGCCAGCCUCUGAUACAUUUACAACAGGUUUGGGCAAACCAACUGGUAUUCGCUUCUCUGAUGUCACUGAUACCUCUGCCACCGCCCACUGGACUAUCCCUCAUUACCACGUCGAUAGUUACAGAGUCAACUAUGUGCCUAUUCAUGGAGGAAGAACUAUGACAGUCACAGUGGGCGGAGGUGAGUCCCAGACUGUGCUGCCCAACUUGACACCCGGGGUGACCUACCAAGUGAGUGUCAUAUCAGUGAAGGGUCUGGAGGAGAGUGAGCCAGCCUCUGAUACUUUUACAACAGGUCUGGGCAAACCAACUGGUAUUCGCUUCUCUGAUGUCACUGAUACCUCUGCCACCGCCCACUGGACUAUCCCUCGUUACCGCGUCGAUAGUUACAGAGUCAACUAUGUGCCUAUACAUGGAGGAAGACCUAUGACAGUCACAGUGGAUGGAAGUGAGUCCCAGACUGUGCUGCCAAACCUGACACCCGGGGUGACCUACCAAGUGAGUGUCAUAUCAGUGAAGGGUCUGGAGGAGAGUGAGCCAGCCUCUGAUACAGUUACAACAGCUUUGGACAGACCUCAUAGUUUGGUGGCGGUCAACAUCACUGAUACCACGGCGCUGUUGCACUGGCAGCCUACCAUUGCCACGGUGGAUGGAUAUGUGAUCACCUACAGCACAGAAUCAAUGCCCCCAAUAACAGAGCGAGUUUCUGGAAACACUGUGGAGUUUGAGAUGAGCUCGCUCUACCCUGGCACUGAGUACACUGUUAAAGUCUAUGCAGUGAGGGAAGCAGUGAAGAGUGCUGCCACAACCACACAGUUUACUACUGAUGUUGAUUCCCCUGAGGACCUGGAAGCCACUAACAUCCAGACAGAGAGUGCCACACUGACAUGGAAAGCACCACGAGCACAAAUCACUGGCUACAUCCUCACCUACGAGUCUGCUGAUGGUAAAGUCCGGGAGGUCGUCCUCAGCCCCACAUCCACAUCAUACACCAUGAAUCAGCUAAGCGCCUCCACUGAAUACACAGUGCACCUGCAGGCCAUCUCGGGUCCCCUGAGGAGCCACAUCAUCUCCACUGUUUUCACCACCAUCGGCGUUCUCUACACACACCCAAAAGACUGCUCCCAGGCUCUGCUGAAUGGAGACACCACCUCAGGCCUUUACACCAUUUAUCUGCGUGGUGAUGAGAGCCAGCCCUUGCAGGUCUACUGUGACAUGACUACAGACGGAGGCGGCUGGAUUGUUUUUGUCAGGAGGCAGAGUGGUAAACUGGACUUCUUCCGUAACUGGAGGAACUACACUGCAGGUUUUGGGGACAUGAACGAUGAAUUCUGGCUUGGUCUCUUGAACCUGCAUAAAAUGACCUCUCUCGGUCAAUACGAGCUGCGAGUGGAUCUCCGAGAUAAGGGCGAGCAUGCAUAUGCUCAGUACGAAAAGUUCUCUGUGUCUGAGCCACGCAGUCGCUAUAAGGUCCACGUGGGAGGCUACAGCGGCACGGCAGGUGAUUCAAUGACGUACCACAAUGGCCGUCCUUUCUCAACUUACGACAACGAUAACGACAUAGCUGUCACCAACUGUGCCCUCUCAUACAAGGGAGCUUUCUGGUAUAAGAACUGCCACCGGGUCAACAUCAUGGGACGAUAUGGGGACAACAGUCACAGCAAAGGUGUGAACUGGUUCCACUGGAAGGGUCACGAGCACUCCAUUGAGUUUGCUGAGAUGAAGAUCAGACCGUCCAACUUCAGAAACUUUGAGGGAAGAAGAAAGCGAUCGUAAAAGAAUCAUUUUUUAAAAAAUAUUAAAAAACGCCCUCCUUUCUGCCGUUCUGUCAUUCUGCCCUUACUGCAUCAGUCCAACUUUUUCAGCUACCAAAGCAGAAGCUUAGCCGAAUCUCCCACUUCUCUCUCUACAGCUCUCUUUCUCUUCCUCAUCAUAUAACCCAGUUAUAACUGACAUCUAUGAGUCCAGGCUUACCAGGCUAGAGCUUGCCACUGAUUGUGUGCGGCACCAGCUUAAAUGUCAGACCACAAUUUCCUUCACACACAGUCUAUACAUGAAAAGUUUCGAUCUCUUUCUCUCUCUCACACACACAAACACACCAAAGCAUACUUGUGGGAGAGGUGGCUCUGAAAAGUUCAAUUUACAAGAUUAAAAUAUGUUUCUGUACCCCAUCUGGCCAUGGUAAUUCAAGUAUGGUUUGCGUUCCAAGGGUAGAAUGUGUGUGUGUGUGUGUGUGUGUGUGUGUGUGUGUGCUCUUUUUUAGUGUUUGUGCCUCUUCACUGUUUUAAGCGCCUCACGUUCAAUUGUCAUCCAUCCAGUGGAGAAGUUGAAACCCAUUUUGUGAAAAUUAUCCUCAGUGUGAUGUUAUCCCUGUCCUUCCGCCAUCAUUCCAGCUGACCAGACAGGAAGAAUGUUGUCAUGUAGCAUGUUUCACCACACCAUACACAGAUCUCAGUUUUCAGACCUACAGACACUGCUCCGUCAUCGUCCAUGCACAGUGUGGUGUGUUUUCAGUCCGUACAGGAUUUUGCUGAGUUUUGUUUUUGUGAUCAAGUACAAAAAUGCUUGAUUUUGUUGUUGGCUUUUUUUUUCUAAAUUUGCGAUGCAACUUGCAGAGUUUUUGUGCUUUUUUUGCAGAAAACUACUUGAAUUGACGAAAUCGCAAUUGCACGAAAUUUGUCUUUCGCAGUGAUCUUUGUUGGUAAAUGCGACCUUUUAGCUGUACUCAUGUUUGACACAUGUGACUCUAAGCGGGCCUUGAUGGAUUGUGCGUUGUGAUGGCGUCACAUGACGUGUCUUGGCCCGAAUCUGCGGAAAAUCUUGAAAUCUGUGGUAAUUUUGAAAAAUUGCAAGCUUCUCCGAAUAUUGCGGAGUUUGCUUGCAUUCAAUUCUGUGAUUGCAAAAUCCUGGAGGGACUGGGUUUUUUUUUAAACACCUCUUGCAUGCUACAUUUAAAUGACUGGUGCUGAAUUUCUUCAAUUGAUGACCUGAAGUUCAUUUCACACUGGUGAUUUUGCAGUGGACUGCCACUGGGACACAUAACUACGUGCUUCAUUUGAUUUUUAGCAACUGUGUCUGCUCAGAAGUAAAAAGGCAGGACCUAUAUCAGUAUGUCACUGAUGUAAGCAAGUUCACCCAGGCAGAUUAUGAGUAUGAUAAAUAAACGAGAGCCAUAAGGUUAAUGUUGUGCAGCAGAUAAAUACUUAAGAAAGGCCACUUUCAUUUUGUAAUCAACAUUGUACAUUUAUAUAAAAGGUAUUGUACACAAAAUGAAUUAAUAUACAGAGUGAGUCCUCGUGUCCCCACCCCUUCCUUACCCUGACACCUUUCCUGCUAUAGACUAAACCACUGACCCUAUAAAAUACCUGUGUAAAUUAAAGUCUCUUGUUUGGUAUUUGAAUAUGAUUUGUUUGUUCGUUUGUUUGUUGUUGUUUUUUUAAUUGGGUGAACAACAGGUGUUUCUCUGUAACCCAUAUUACAAUAAAAUGGAUUUUGUUUUUAAAAAAUA